GGUCUUAUACCUGCUUAUACGGUAGAAUAUAAGUAAAACAAAACGUGACAGUUUCUUGUUGAGUUGAGGUUGAGGAAAAUGUGGGAAACCUUAGCUCGUUAAUUUUAAAUUCAAAACGUCAAUUUUGUAUUUUGAUGUUGUCAUACGUCUCUUUUGAGUUUUGACAAAUUUUUGCCAUGCUUUUUUUGGAAUUAUUGAUUUAAAAUGGUUCAUUCUUUCAUUAUCGGUGUUAAAGUUGCCUUCAACCGAUUUACACGGUACUUAAGUUCAGGUGAAUAACUGCCAAAUAUGUCAAUUAAUGUGCAUGUUAAAGGGAAUCCAAUUAACGUUAGAAGAGGAGGGAUGGUGAUUACUAAUUCGCAAGAAGAAUUUAAUAAAAGGAGGAAAAUUAGAUUAGAGCAGGUUCGGCAGCAAUCGAAGGAUAUAGCACAUAAUGUGCGUAAAAGAAUAGCCAAAGAAAACAAUAAACAAGCUUCGUCUUCUGAGCAGCAUAAUUUGAGGAAAUGGCAAGCUCAGAAAUUACUGGAAUUUGAACAGAAAUAUCAAGAGUGUCUUAGUAGUCUCGAAGUGCCACCCAAGAUAUCAACUGAAAUUAGUGAAGAAAUACUAGCUGCAGAAAGAAAAAGAAAAAAUAGGGCAGUUGCGCUUGAACGAGGAGAAAGAGCAAAUGAAAAGCUCCAGAUAGAAAAAAAUGAAAAAUCUAUGCAAAAAUCAGUGCCUAUUCAACAAAAAAAAUUUGCCAGAGAAAUUGAAAAUAGCAGGUCAUUGGCAAUAACCAAUUUUACCAAAAGGAAAAAAAGUAAAAGUAAAAAUGAUGAAAAAGAAAUCAAGAAUACAUUUUAUUUGGACCUCCCUAAUGAUUCUGAACAAAGUGGCCACCAGGAAAAAGAAAUUCAGUGCACUGAUGAAAUUGAAGAGAUGUAUCAAGAAGAUAUGAAAAAUAAAUCUGGUACAUCCUCGUCAGAACUUAUUGACAGUUCUAGUUCUUCGACUGAAAUUCCCUCAAAAAAAAUUAAAACAUCAAAUGAAAGCAAGCAGACAUCAAAAAUUAAAGUUUUUCAGGCAAUGGUACAUAAUGAGCCAAGCCCUAAAAAAAAAGGUAAAAAAGUGUCAAUUUCUUCAGAAUUGUCUAAUAAGAAGCAAAAAGACAAAAGUAAAGAUGACGAAAGUGAUAUUCCUAAAAAGCUUGAAAUAAGAGAUGAAAAUUUAAAUAUGAAAAAAUCAACAGGAAGACAAAAACUUUCAGUUCGUAUUUCUGAUCAAUCUCCAGUAUCAUCCCCAAAGAAAGUUGUAUUGUAUACACUGCCAGAAAAAUUAGUAACUCCAGCACAACAAGCUUUUUCUACAAAAACUGAUUUUAAAAGGAACCCCAUGAGGAAUAAAUUGUUUUCUGGAGUAGAAAGUGAAAAGGUUGCUGUGGAAAAUGUUACAAGCAAAAGUAGAUUGGAGGGAGCUUGUAAAUUGCAAGAUUCUUUAAGCCCUGACAGUCCUCGUUCUCCAAUGAUCACACAUAGUGAACGAUUACCAGAAUUAAAACAGCAAUUUAUACUUGAUAAACGGAUUUCAGAACAUAUUAUGAGCAGAAAAUUGAAUGAAGAAAAACGAAGAGACCGUGACAUUCAAGUAAAAGAUGAUAAAAAGAAUGCAUUAGUGCAGAGUGAUUUAAAUCAAGGCCAAUUUCAAACUUGUCUUUGUUCUUGCUAUGGAUUUAAUGAGAAUAAAAUGGUUUCUGAGUCUGUUUAUUGCAAUUAUCCUGAAACUUUAAGUGAAGAAGUACAAACAUGUACUACUAUUGAUCGAAGCUGCUUUACAAAUCAACCUAAAGUUAGAUCUACUUCAACAUCACAAGAAGUUAACGAAUGUACACAAGUAAAUCAUAGAGAUAUAUGUCAACAUUGCAACUUUCCAAAGGCUGAUGUAAAAGUAAUUUCAAAUUCUGAAGAAUGUUCGAGUUCUUCAAGAGUUGAAAUAAAAUCAACGAAAACGAGUUCAAAUUCUUCGAAACUAACAUCGUGUAAAGACGUAACUUCCUCGGCAAAAUCGAUGCAAGUACCCAAACGUCCAUCUGUCUCUUUAUCCAAGCCAAUAAAAGGAAUAAGUAGAACUUUAAAGCCAGAAACUACUGAAAAAGUUCAAAUUUAUGAUGAUGCUACUAAAUAUUCCAGCAGUUAUGCUCCCUCCAACAAUCUUGUUCAAAAGAUCCCAAUAAAUAAUUUAUCUAUUGUGAUAGAGUCAAGUGAAGAUGAAAGUUCGAGAAGAGAAAAAAAUAAAGACGACAAGUAUGCCGAAAUUAGAGGUUAUAAUGCAUUAAAGAAAGAAAAGAUUUGUCGUGACUAUGAAGAAAUUAUGUGCAAAUUACCCUUCUUGCAGAAAAAGGAACGUAUAGCUUCCAUUGGUAAAGAUGAUCCUAAAUAUCAUAUGAGUGAAGAAAGAAGAAAAGAAUAUGAAAAAAGGAAAGAAAAUACGAUUGAAACUGCUUAUGAAAAUUGUUUUCCAAAAGCAGUAACGAUUACGUUACCUAAAAGGGUAUCCGCUGCAGACGAAGACAAAUUGCCUUAUAAAAUAAUAGACAUGAGAAAUGGACCUACAGGUAUAAAUUUAGGAACGUGGGACGUAAACAAGAAGGAUUCCUCAGCACCUGAAAAUGUUUGUUCAUACACUCAAACAGUAAAACACCCAGAACAGUCUCCAACUCCAAUUGAAAAUGAUGAAAAUAUGCUCAGGAAUUUAUUAGAAAAACUUAUUGACCAAAAAGAGAAACUAGAUAAAGAAGUUUCAAGAGUUCCAGAAGGAAGUAGGUUGCAUCAAAUUUUAAACGAUUUAGAAUGCGGAUUUUAUAACAAAAAAGAGCAAACUAAACAGGAAUUGGAAAGUGACCAUAAAAAGUUACAACAAAACGAAUCGUGUAGUAAGCCAGCGAAAUUGACGCUUGACCACGAAAAUGUAAACUCUCAAGAAUUAAAGGUGCAUAAUACUAGCACCCAGACUUCUCCAAGAUCAAAGCAACUCACUGAACUACCUUCAACAUUUGCAUGUCCAUGUAUCGUCGAGCAUAAAAAAAAAGAUUCCUGUGAGAAAUUAUGCGAAAUUGUAAUUAAAGUAGGAGAAGAAGCGAACCAGCCCAAGAUUCAAAUCACACCAACAUCGAAUGAUGAAAAAGGAGUCGUAUUUACUGUGAAAGAUUUAAUGGAAAAUCAAAGUAAUAAAGCCUGUGAUUUAAAUAAACCUAAAAAUAUGCAAAAAUCAGAAGAUGCUACAGUAAGAGUCACUUCAAAAAAGCUAAAGACAGAUUUGUAUGCUGCAGUAACUGAACCACAAAAGAUUGAAAAAUCUUCGCCAGUAAGUAAAAAGAUUUCCAGCAGUCAAGACAAAAAGUCUUGGAAAGAUGUGCUUACUCAAAAUUCUACAAAUUGUACAUCAUCAACUUCAUAUGUGAGCCCACCAAAUUUUACGUCUUCUGUUACAAAAUAUAUAAAAGACAAACGAGAAAAUAGCUCUGGCAUGUAUAACAUUUUAUGUAGAAAGCCUCAGCAAGGAAACUUAAAUUAUCAUUUGUUGGAAAGCGAAAACACUUUACUUAAAGAUAAACGUUCUAACCCCGAGUUAUUAAAUCAUAUAAAACAUCUUUUAAGAAUGUCCCAUACAAGUAUUGAAGAACUGAAUGUGAGCAGUGUAAGUAGCGUUUCUACCCCUGAUUCCACGCUUUUUGCAGGCGAAAAGAAUAAAACUAUAUCACAACUAAGGAGUAUUUGUAAACAAUACAACUUACGUAAAAAAGAUCUUGAAAAAAUGUUCAGUGUUUUGAGUAGUAGUUCGAGUAAUGGUGGUUGCGAAUCUACUUCGUCAUCUUAUAAGUCCGCCUCGAAUAAUUGCAUAAAAUUAAAACGAUCUGCUGAGAAUGAAACUGAAAAGUUACCUUGUGGUACAUCUGACUCUCUUCAAAAACUUUAUGAAGAAAUGACUGUUAAAUGUAUGGAGAAAAUUGAAAGCCUUUCUGUACUUAUUGAGAACUUAAGAGAAGAAAAAAAUAAAAUUAUUUCAUGUCAAGAACAAAGUGACAACGGUGAUGUAGAAGACAGUUCAACAAAGUAUUUAGAAAUCGAAAAAAAGAGUCCAGUACUAGAAUGUGAUAAUUCCGAUAAAACAAAAACAGAUAGUUCAGAAUUUGUAACAAGUAGUCAGGGAGGUGAAGAUUCAUUGACAAAGAAAUUACUUGAAAUAGAUGAAGCAUUGACAGAACGAAUUAAAAAUUUAAGCAAAUUAGAGAAAUCAUGCACCACUGAUGAUGCUCAACCACAGAAUCAAUACAAGAGUGCUGAUAGUUCUGAAGAGGUAGACAAUUCAAUCGAAAAAGAAUUGAUUUAUCGUUACAAAAAUCUCGUGUACGAUCACGAGAAGUGCGAAGAUAAAACACAAUCGGAAACGAAACCUAAUUUCGUUCCCUUUGUCUCAGAUAUUUCAUGUCUUCCGAAAUGGGAAGGGCUUGGUCCUUAUACUUCUCAUACAGACGAAAUGCCAAAUAAAUGUACUGCGAAACCUAAUAAACCUCCUCCAUCAAGAGGUCUUCUUAACGCAAAACGUUUUAACGAUGAAAUACUUAAUUAUCCACAUGAGCUCUCGUCAAUUACCGAAGUUGACAGCUUCACAUCAUCAAGAAUACGGCGAAGUACAUCCCCUAAAAGAAAUUCGCCUAAACAUACAGUAGAAUUUGCACCCGAUUACAAUUGUGAACAAAAUAAAAAUACUGAGUGUAACGAUGUAAGCUUCCCACGCCUAAAUUCCAACUUUGAAGAAUUAAAACUGUUACAAAGACAAAAAAUUGUUUCUCAAAUUUGUCCUUCUGCAUCUGUAAUUGAACAAGAAGUGGUUCCGCAAAAAUGCACUAGAAGUGCAUGUAGUUCCCCAAAAAAGAUUGUCAUAGAUCGCCUUAUCCAUAGUGAACAAAAUUCCCCUAAAAAAAUGUGUUCAAGACCUCAGGAAUUAUAUCAAAAAGGUGGAGAGGUUUUAAAGAGAGCUCGAGAACUUACUACACGAAUACAAAAUCUUUCCAAAAGUUUUGAACUUAGACCCUGUUCUCCGCCAUGUGAUAAUCAAGAACAAAACAUUAAAACAUGCGAGGGAUUAAUUGAAGAAGUUCAAUCUAAACCAAAAAGAAAAGUGGUAAUAGAGGAGAAUUCGAGUAGUGGAUCAAAUGAAAGUGCCACAGAUGUAGAAAGUGUAGAAAAGAUGCUAAAAAGUUUAGGAAUGGGGUGGGCGGUUGCGACAUUGCGCAAAACCCAACAAGCUUUGGCCCUUACCUCAAGUUCUAGCUCAGUAGAUCUCAAGGUAGAACGAGAAGUAAAAAUAACUGAUAAAAAUAGUUCUAGUGAAAUUAGUCUUAUUGAGUGUAUUGAGCAGAGAAGACAUGUAGGUGAUUUACAUAGUUCAAACGAAACCAAUAAUGAUACUUCAUUGCAUAAAUAUCUGCAAAAUGUUUCGUCCAUACCAGCUUCCAAUAGUACUUUUGGUAGGUCGACACAGCGUACUUCCACACCAGUUAAUAAAAAUGAUACCACUAUUCCCGCAUCGAAUUUAAUUUAUUCGGGAGAAUCUGAUCUGUCUUCCGUGAGACAUUCUAGUGAAAAUAAAAGUUCCAAUUUUAAUAGAUGUGUAACAAAUGAAAAGAGAUCUAAAAGGUGACAAAUAAUUUAACGAAUUUGUUAUUAACAGGUAUGCACUAUUAUCGGACAAAUAAGUACAAAUGUUUUUAUCAUCGACAAUAAUAGUUUUAUGUAUGUAAAUUUAAAAUUUUACAAGAAAAGAUGCAGUAAACCAUU